AUGCUCCCAACCACUCUUCGUGCCCUGCGCUCCCGUAGCGCAGCGGCCACCUCCCGCUCCUUCGUCCGCUACACCUCUACCGCGACCACCAGCAACCAGGUCCCCGCCAACGACCCCGUCAAGCGCGAUGCAAAGCCAAACGUCUCCGAGACCAAUGCGGUCCCUACCUCUUCUGAGGGCGCUUUCGACAAGGUCUUGCAGGAGUCUCCAGAGGAGGCCGAGAAGAUGAGGGUUACACAGGCGCCGAACUACAAGGGUAUCUGGUCGCGGAGUCAGAAUCCGAGGGAAGUUGCGAUGAGCGGGCCAAGGUUCGAGCAGAGCAUUAUUGAGGAUCAGCCUCGACCGUAUGCCGCCAUCGAGCUCAUCCACAAGCAACCCGUUCGCUGGACGCAUGACCGCACGGUAUCUUGCGACGGAGGCGGUGGACCUCUCGGACACCCCAGGAUCUUCAUCAACGUGGAUAAGCCCCAGAUCUGCUGGUGCACGUACUGCGGACUACCAUUCGCACACGAGAAACACCGAGCACUUCUCGAAGCCACCCCCGAACACGAGCUUUCAUACCCGCUUGGACCUAAAGGCGAUGCGGCAGAGGUCAACGAGACACAGAAAGUUACGGACGAGCCGCUCGCGCAGCGAUAA